CAAAUACAAAUAUUUACGUCGUUUGGCGGAAAUAAUUAAAAAAUUUCUUUUUUUUUAAAAAUAACCAAAAAAAAUGUCCAAUUUAAAUAGGGAUAUUCUUUAUUUGGUAUUCGAACAAAUACAAGAUGAUGAUAAAAAAACUCUUUUUUCAUGUCUUUUAGUUAAUAAAACUUGGUGUGAAAUAAUUAUUCCAAUGUUAUGGAGAAAUCCUUGGGAACACUUAAAUAGUGAGAACGGAAUGAUAUUAUUAAAUGUAAUCAAUUCACAUUUAUCAGAUGUAACAAAAAACAAAAUAAGGGAACAUAUGAUAUUCACCGAUUUUGAUCAAAAGCCUUUAUUUAAUUAUAUUAGUUACUGUAAACAUUUAAAUUUAGAUGAAAUCCAGAGAAUAAUUGACGAAAAUGUCAACGAAAAAUCUGAAAUAUCAAAUAUUCAAAAUGAAAUAUUUAAUAUUUUUAUUAAUGAAAAUAUGAAAUAUAGUCACCUUUAUGUAUAUCAAAAUUUUGAUAGUCAAAUAAAUUUUAUUAAUGGAGCUGAACGUUGCUUCUCUGAAAUCGAAUUUCUUAGUUGUAAUACUGAUGUAAAUGAUAAUAUUAUAACAAUAUUAACAGAAACAUGUAAGUCAAUUAGAAAAUUAGAACUUUUUAUUAAUUUAAAAAAUAAUAAUUAUGGAAUUAUUAAGUUGAUUGAAGAACAAAAAAAGUUAUCUGAUAUUAGUUUAACUCGUACUCACUUUGAUGAUAUUUCAUUUUAUGAAAUUUUAGAGAAUUCAUUAACUAAACAUGCAAGUACCAUACAAUUUUGUAAGUUUACCAGAUCCCCAACAAAACUUCUUUCAUCUUGUAUAAAUUUAAAAAAAUUAGAAUUAGGUAGUAAAAUACGUAGUAUCUCCACUUCAUGGUAUUGUCUAAAAGAUUUAUCUUUUCCUUAUUUACAAAUUUUAAGAUCUAGUAGUGUUCCAGUUGAUGUCAUGACAAGUUUAAUAAUAAAUACAAAAGGAUUUCUUGUUGAAAUUAAAAUAGAUUGUAUAUGGUAUGAUGAAACUAGGAGUAAAAUACUUAUUCAAGCUAUUUAUCAAAAUUGCCCAAAUAUUAAGUAUCUCAAAUUAAAGAUUGGAAAUUGUAGCAUCUUAGAAUUAGAACCAUUGUUAAUUAGUUGUAAGUAUUUAAAAGUAUUAUAUCUACUUAUUGGUGAAGGUCAAUUUGAUUGGAAUAAGUUAUUUGAAAUAUUUACUAAAUCAUCAUCAUCUAGUUUAUAUAAGUUUAAAUUUAAUAUUAAUGGGCAACCUAAAUUAGAAUCCUAUAAAUUAUUUUUUGAUAAUUGGAAGGGAAGACAUCCUAUGUUUUUACAAAUCUUUUCCAAUGUAAUUAUUGAUUUUAAUUUUAAUAUAAUAGAAAGAUAUAAAAAAGAAGGAAUAAUUAAAAAAUUUGACAGUUGUUAUUGGUGGGACCAAGGAACUAAAGAUUUUGAAUUUAAUUAAGAAAUCCUUUCUUCUUUCUUAAAUCUUUGAUUGUGAAAUUUUACGGGUUGAUGAUAUAAUUACUGUAACUUUAGAGUAAAUGUAGUAAAUGUAAUAAAAUUUUAUAUUUUUAUAUAUAUUGAAAUUUAUAGUGCUGUCAACAUAAUUUUUU